UCGUUCCAAAUGCGACAAAAUAAGGAACUAUCAGAAAAAGUCGGUUUAUUACCCGGCAUGGGAAUUUAUAAGUUUUUCCGGGUUAUCUAUGGUUAUGAGGGGGAACGAACUUACAUCGCCCAAAAAAGAAAAAAACCCCUAAUUUCCUCGCAAGUCUUUAUCAAUAAUGAUUAUGGCUUUACCGAAGAAGUAGAAAAGGAGUUUAGCGAUUAUUUUGAGCCGGAUUUAACCCUCAAAAAAGGGGUUCGCCAACUAGUCCAAAAGCAAAACCUAUCCUCCCUGAGCGAGUUUGAGUUUAAAGGUGAACCAGCUUAUCAAGCCUUUAUCCACCACCUUAAACCGGCUUUAUCGCUGGUAAAACUUCCUCCCUUUACUAAAUUCCAAGACUUCCAACCUCACGACCACGAUUAUCGCCAAUUCGCCCAAGCGACUAAAUUGCCCUGGAAUAAAACGCUCAAUGAAUAUGAACCGUGGGAAGAAAACGGAGAAA